UCCUAGAACAGCACAGUGAUAACGGUUGAUAAGCCCACCACGAUAAGGCCGCCGAGGAGGAUACAGCUGUUUUCAGUGUUCCCUCAGUUCUCCGCCCAGCUAGGUACUGCCUGUGUGUCAAGCAGUCUGCCUCAUGUGCUGGCUGACAAACUAUGCUCAAACAGUGAAGUGUUUAGUGUUGGUGUUUAGUUCGCCAAUAGUCACCUUUCAAGAGGAAUGGGGAGGAAAUGAUAAGGAGCGAGAAGAAAAAGGAAGAGAGAACAGGAAGUUGGUGUGGAGUGAGUGAGCUGUCACCACACUGUCAAGUUCUGCCUGCCCAGUGUGGCCUCGUGUGUUCACAGCACUGCCGCGGAUCCCGUCACGCCGUGCCGUCACUACUCACGUCACCACCACUAACCCUAACACUCUACCGUGCCGCCUAGUGAGCACCACCGGAGAGCACCGGGGAGGCCAAUGCAGGACCAGCGAGGAUAACAGUAAAGUCAGGCCCUUACACUCCAUCAUGGCAGGCGAGUGCGCGGGUCGAUUAGCUAUUGGGUGGCUUCUGCUCAUGAGGAAACGGGCGUGGGUGGGCGUGGUGGGCGUGGUCUGCACCUGUGUCCUCGUGCUCCUGACGGCGUUCCAUGAUUCAAGGGUGUCCCACGUGUGUGACUGCGGCCAUCAGGUGAACACGGAGGAGAGAGUGGCCAAAUAUUUGCCCAACCUUAUGGGCGAAAUCGACCCUACUACUAAAAGAACAACGCUGCAGGAGGUGGAGGCGGUCCACCCCUCUCUGGCGCUGGCCUUCUUAGUGGAGCAGGAGCGGCGUGGGUCUCGCUGCCACAACACUCCCGGAGUCUUCAGCGUGCGACACAACAACGAGCUGUGGCAGGAGGCUGUGAUCGGGGGCGUGAUCUUCCUGCUCUACGCCGCCUACUACGACUCAAGGGACGAGGGAGAGGGGCCCACAGUAAGGAUGCUGGUGAUGGUAGACUCCACCAGGCCACCUACGCCCGUGUGUCACCUGUGGUACCAGGACGACCUCACGCCCACGGCCUCGAGUGCAGUGCGGAUGGAUUACGUGCACUGGCAAGACAGGGUGAGCGGCGCCUGGCUGCCAUACCUGGUGACCUGCCGAGUCGUGGAGGACCUCCGUGGCGUGCCCAGGGUGGCGGCACUCGUCGGGUACUCGUGCGGCCCCGCCACCAACGCCCUUAGGGUCCUGAACCAGGAGCAGCCGCGAGUCAAGAAGGACUUAGCGCUGUGUCACAAGUUCCUCUUCGACCCCACCCGCGACUACUCCCAGAGACUAGUGGAGUGGCUGGAGGUGGCCAGAGCUUGGGGCGUGGACGAAGUGACCUUCUACGAGGCCUCAGUUCACCCCAACGUGCGGGCGGUUCUGCAGUAUUACCAGCAGGAAGGCUUCGUGCAGGUGUUCCCUUGGCGCAGCCCAGGAGACCAACCUUCACUAGGCCACCUGUACCGCGCCCUCUACGACACUCAGAGGUUCACGCUCUUCACCACGGAGAACAUCCCCUACACGGACUGCCUGCUGCGUCACCUGGCCACGCAUCGCUACGUGGCAGUGUGGGACAUGGAUGAGUUUAUCGUGCCCGCCACCGCGUUCUCGCUGCCCGCCAUGCUGGAUGCCGCCCGCGCCCGCGCCACGGAACAGGGCCUCAGACCCACAUCCUACCUGGCGCGCUGCAGUUAUUACUUUGACGACCAGGUGGAAGAGGCGACGCCUGACCUCCCGGAGUACCUGUACCUGAUGCGUCAUGUGACCCGCACCGUCAAGGUAGCACCGCCGAGAGUUUUCACCAAAUCAGUGCACGACACUUCUCUGGCGCUAGGUUUGCACGCCCACUUUGCCCUCCUCACCCUUGGGGGAAACAUAGACCGAGACCGCGACCUGUAUCACCUGUACCCGACCACUGAGGGGCACCUGGGCCACUACCGCGCCACCUGUCAGGGCGAGGACCAGCACGAAUGCCAGGAACUGUACCGCCCUUACCUGUCCCGCGACACUGCCAUGUGGAGGCACCGGCCAGCUGUCACCGCCCGGACCAAGGCGGUGCUGCAGAUCCUUGGCCUGCUUCCCUGAACCUCUCCAUAGUAAGCUUACUAACCACGGUCCAUAUUCAUCAUUGCUUAAAAAAAACACAGCAGGUGCAAGGCGGGGAGGACAUUUUAACAAAUCGGAAUAAUCCAAAGGGUUAGAGACUACAGAAAGAUUAAAAAUGAUGGCUAUGUUCCCAAGACGGUAAAGAAUUCAGAUAAGGGUGAAGAUAGCCUAAAUUUAAGUCGGUACGGAACAUCAAAGUCUUCAAGAUGGAACGCAGGGGUCGACGGGUAGAUCAGAGAAAGCUGAAGGAAUCUAAGGAGGGAAAUACAUAUAACCUUUGUGACUGACAGAACAUUCUUAGACCUUAUUUCUACCUCGCCCCGCCACAUCGUCCUCGCAUUUGUAACUGGUGCUUCUGGUUAUGAAAUGAAACGGCACAGGCACCCAAUGAUCAUGUUUCUUACUUCAUCCCAUGGCCUCGUGAUAACGCCCACACUCCUGAUCCGUGCUGCAGCGGAUUUGAUUGAGAGAGAGAGAGAGAGAGAGAGAGAGAGAGAGAGAGAGAGAGAGAGAGAGAGAGAGAGAGAGAGAGAGAGAGAGAGAGAGAGAGAGAGAGAGAGAGAGAGAGAGAGAGAGAGAGAGAGAGAGAGAGAGAGAGAGAGAGAUUCUUGCAUAUUCAUAUGGCAUAUAGGAGGAUGGUGACUAAGGAGAACGUUGAUGAGGACAGAUGAGCAUAGCGAUGGCAGAAUGCAUAGUAUGACAUUGACGAUGUUGUUGCAGUAAGAACUUCCCAGGAAUGAAUGUGUUAGGAGGAUUGAAAGAGCCACUGAUCGCAAAAAAAAGGAUGGGCUUUGCCUUACUGAAAAGAUUAUAUGAAUUUGCAGUAGGAGAAACAAACUUUGCGUCGCGAUGAAAUGCUGUGAUGCAAUACAAUUUUUUUUUGCAGUAGAGUCAGGGAUCUAUUUGGAAGCAUAAGUGGUUUGUAUGUUCAUGUUUAAGGUUUUUUAGAUAAUAUUAAAAAGCGGCCUUUUGAGAAGAUUCCGAGAUUUUUCGGCAAAAUGAGGUUGAGGCUACACGUCUUGCAAAAAAAAAAGUAAAUAAAAAUAAAUAAAUAAAUAAAUAAAUAAAUAAAAUAAUAAUAAUAAGGAUUUGAAGUAAGAGGAACACGUUUUACGGCAUGAAAAAAUGCAAUGAGGCGAAACUUUUUUUUUUUUUUUAACAUGACCAGUAUGUUUGUCGAUAUUUGGUGCAAGUUCAGGUGUCUUUGAUCAAGGCUUGGGAAUCUUUGGGCCAGGUUAAAUGGGGUCUUUGGGGCAGGAUUCAGUUGUCUUUAGGUCAGGUUCAGGGAUUUUUGGAUCAGAUUCCAGAUUCUGAGUCAAGAUAAAACCCUGAGGCAAGGUUUGAGUAGUGAGAAUGUGUGCCUGUGAGUUACUUGUGAUGUGAAUAUGCAUGAUAUGUAUGCAUUUAUGUGAUACUGAUGUUGUGACCCUUCAUCAUUUUACCUAGUGACGCGCUUAAGAAGGAGCAGAGUGUUCAUGUUGUCUAUCCUUGUAUGAGUGCUAGUACUGUGCUAGUUUUGUGUAUUCCCUGUACAUGUAAUGCUUUGUUAAUAGAGAUGCAAGCCUUCAUUGUAAUGUGAUUGUUCAUAGUGUACUGUCGUUGUUAACACUGACGUAUUAUUGUGUAUAAUAAAUAUCACGUUUGUACAUGAAA